AUGGUGAAAGGCGCCCUGGGUGGCGGAAUCCUAGGCGGUCACGUGGCCUACAUGAAAGCUGGUAUAUUCAUUGGUCUCCCUUUCAAUCUCUUGUUCGGGAUGUACAUGACGUAUUGCCUAUAUAUCUUGGUAAUAUCAGCUCAAAUUCUGUAUAGAAGAACGCGUGUGCCGAGUAUGUCAUAUCCAGAUGUCGGAGAAGCUGCUAUGGCUUGCUUUCCAAAUCCUAAAGUCGCGAAAUAUUCAAAAAUAUUCAGGUACACGAUUGAUGCUAUAAUAUGUAUCGAUUUGUUUGGCGCCUGUGCAUGUUACCAGAUUAUUAUAGCGAAAUCAAUUAAACAACUCGUGGAAGACACACAAAGAACAACUAUAGAGGGGCUUGCUCCAGUGUUCUGUAUUAUGUUAACCGUGUACUACGCGUUCGUAUUUAAUCCGACGUUCUCAAAUUUGGUCAAAGUGACGAAACUGUAUAAUUUCUUCGAGUACGUCGGUAUGUCUGUGUUCAGCAUGUCGUGUUCGGGUGUCGUCAUACCCAUCGAGAACAAUAUGAAAGAUCCAAAGAAGUAUCCUCAAGUGUUAAUGACUGGCAUGUCGCUGAUCAUUAUGUGCACUUUCUCUGUUUCUUUCUUUGGAUACGUUGGCUUUCUGGACGCUUGCGAAUCUCCUAUCACUGUCAACUUUCCCAUGACUCUCUAUGAAUGCAGAGUACAUCAAGAUGUAAAUUUGCUAUUGAAAAUUAAUAUCACGAUCGAUUUCAAGCUUAUUGGUAACAUGUAA